UUAGACAACAACAUCAUCACCAUCUCCAAAUUCAGGUUCAAUGGCUUUCAGAAAAGCAGUGAAGGGGACCCUAAUAGGGGGUGGAGCUGUAGCAGCAGCUUUCGGCCUGUCACAGUUCUUUGAAUACAAGAAGAAUCAGUGACUCCUACAGGUUAGAUUGCAGAGUGCACAGAUUGCAGCUGUUCACACCCAUCUGUACCAGAGCAUGCCUGGUCCUGACUCAGGAAUGUGCUCUCUGCAGUUGAAUUUUCUGAUCAGCUCAAAAAGAACACAACUCAGGCCAUUUGCUCGAUUGGCCUAUGUCGAGGCACAGGGUGAGUUAAAGAUGCCGUUUAAAGAUGCUCUCCCAACAAGAGAGGAGCAGCUUUCAACACUGCGAAACACAGAAGAGUUUGAUGUUUUGGUGGUUGGGGGCGGAGCCACAGGUGCAGGAUGUGCCUUAGAUGCUGUCACACGGAAUCUGAAGACCGCCCUCGUAGAACGGAGCGAUUUCUCAUCGGGCACCAGCAGCAGAAGCACCAAGCUCAUUCACGGAGGAGUCCGCUAUCUGCAGAAAGCCAUCAUGAAACUAGAUUAUGAGCAGUACAUGAUGGUGAAAGAAGCCCUUCAUGAACGUGCCAAUCUUUUGGACAUCGCCCCCCACCUGUCUGCCCCUUUACCCAUAAUGCUCCCUGUUUACAACUGGUGGCAGCUGCCAUAUUACUGGGCUGGCAUUAAGAUGUAUGACCUGGUGGCCGGAUCACAGUGUCUGAAGAGCAGCUACGUUCUGAGUAAGAGCAAAGCACUGGAGCUCUUUCCUAUGCUGAAGAAAGACAAACUCGUAGGAGCCAUUGUCUACUAUGACGGACAGCACAAUGAUGCCCGUAUGAACCUGGCCAUCGCUCUCACAGCGGCCCGUCAUGGUGCUGCCAUUGCUAAUUACACAGAGGUGGUUCAUCUGCUAAAGAAACCAGACCCUACAACAGACCAAGAGAAAGUAUGUGGUGCCCGCUGCCGAGAUGUGAUCACAGGGCAGGAGUUUGACGUUCGUGCCAAAUGUGUCAUCAAUGCUACUGGCCCCUUCACUGACUCACUGCGCAAAAUGGACAACCUGAAAACUGCCAAAAUCUGCCAGCCCAGUGCAGGAGUUCACAUCGUCAUCCCUGGAUACUACAGCCCAGACAACAUGGGGCUGCUCGACCCUGCCACCAGUGAUGGGCGUGUCAUCUUCUUCCUGCCCUGGGAGAAGAUGACUAUCGCCGGGACAACGGACACGCCCACUGAAGUCACAGCCCAUCCCAUCCCUAUGGAGGAUGACAUCAACUUUAUCCUGAGUGAAGUCCGGAAUUACCUCAGCCCUGACGUGGAAGUGCGACGAGGGGAUGUCCUGGCGGCCUGGAGUGGCAUUCGUCCGCUGGUCACCGACCCCAACUCCAAAGACACGCAGUCCAUCUGUCGUAACCACAUCGUCAACAUCAGUGACAGUGGACUUGUCACUAUUGCUGGUGGGAAAUGGACAACCUAUCGCUCCAUGGCCGAGGAGACGCUUGAUGCAGCGGUAAAGGCUCAUAACCUCUCGGCUGGGCCCAGCAGGACUGUCGGCCUGUUGCUGGAGGGUGGGAAGGACUGGACUCCCACCCUGUACAUUCGCUUGGUUCAGGACUACGGCCUGGAGAACGAGGUUGCCCAGCACCUGGUAGCCACCUACGGAGGGCGGGCUUUUGAAGUGGCCAAGAUGGCCCAGGUGACUGGCAAGAGAUGGCCCAUAGUGGGGAAACGCCUUGUAUCUGAAUUUCCCUACAUAGAGAGUGAGGUGCAGUAUGCUAUUAAGGAGUAUGCAUGUACAGCCAUCGAUGUGAUCGCUCGCCGAACACGCCUGGGCUUUUUGAAUGUACAGGCUGCAGAUGAAGCUCUGCCACGUGUAGUUGAGAUCAUGGGCAAAGAACUGCAGUGGACAGAACAAAAAAAGAAAGAAGAGCUGGAUGCAGCAAAGAAGUUUCUGCAUCUGGAGAUGGGUUAUAAAGCUCGCUCUGAGCAGCUCAGCAAGACAACAGAGAUCUCACUUACACCCCAAGAGGUGGCGAGGUAUAAAAAGCGCUUUUACAAAUUUGAUAAGGAGAGUAAAGGCUUCAUAACAACACUGGAUGUCCAGCAGGUGCUAGAGCGACUCAGCAUCCAAAUUGAUGAGAAUGCCCUCCAUGAAAUCCUCAAUGAGGUUGACCUCAACAAAAAUGGACAGGUGGAGCUUGAUGAGUUUCUACAGCUCAUGAGUGCGGUCCAGAGGGGGCAUAUCUCUGACAGUCGUCUGGCCAUCCUGAUGAAGACAGUGGAGGAGGGGUUGGAUCUGAGAGGACCAGUCUCGGUUGACCGCAGUGGAGGUGGAGUUUGAAUUCCAACUACAAACCAAAACAUCCACCAAACAACAGUUCGCAUCACAAAGUUGGACAAACACCAAAACCUCUGACCGCAGUGCCCACACUGGUCAGAUCACAAGCACAUCUUGUCAUGAACUCAUCCAACCAGUUGGCUGCCUUUGAUUUUAUAAUUAUUUUUUGUUUUAGCAUGCUCCGUUUAAACUUACUUAACUGAAAAAAUAAUGAUCUUAUUAGAGCAUAAUAUAUUCUUGAAAUAUAUCAAAGAGUAUAUUUUUUAUCUCUCUCUAUAUUGUAUGUUGUUAAUGCAUGCUAUGCCACGUUGCGUAGCCUGAUAAGCAAUAACAGAUUGUCUUUUUAAUAUUUCUCUGAGCAGCUUAACCCAGUGGGGUGUUUUUUGUGCCAUUUUAUUAAUGCAAAUGAUUUGCUACUAAAACAGCGAGGUGAUAUUCAAGGGCUCCUGGUGUCUUCUGAGGUAAAUAAUGCACUAUAAAUGGGGAUUUCACAAGUUUACACUGCAUUCUGCUUUAUUGUUACUGUUCUGAAUAACAGUGAUGAAACAUGUUUUUUUAUUAUUAUUGUAUUGUAUUGUUUCACUCCUUUUUAAAGUAAUUUUCUGAGAGAAAAGCAUUUAUUCAGAGUCUAAAAUUGUAAUCAUACUUUUUGGAACGGUGUCAUCUUGAUGUUUUAAAUGAUAAGAUUGUAUUGAAGUCAGUGAACUUGUUACAAUUGUACACAGAAAGGAUAUUGUAAGUUCUGUUAAGCAGUAUUUGUACAAUGUUUUGAGACCGAUGUUGCAUCUGGUUUAACAGGAGGAUUUUACAGAUUAUAAUGAAACGUAAGAGCACUUGAUGAAAUGUCAAAUAUUUGAUCCCUAAUUCGAAUUCAUGAACAGUCAAAGCCCCAUUUCACUAAUAGUUACUGGAGAUUUGUUUCUUAUACAAGGUUAUCCAUAUAUCCUAAUAUGAAAUAAAACAUGUUAAGAACACGAAAAUAGGGAAGCACUGUAAACAAGUGUAAACUUGAUGUAAAGGUUAACAGGGAAUGUAUUUAAUGCGCCUUGCUCUCUAGGGACUUAAUGAAUUUUACAUGUCAAAACGCACAUUCCGACAAACACUAAUAGAGCCCAGUCUUUUACUUGACUGUAUUUUUGUGGUUCAGUAUUUUCUUUAUUUAUGUUUCAGACCCCAAAUACUUUCAAAUACAAAAAGCUUUAAGUUUGAUGAUUUUUGCACGAUGAUGCUGCUCAGAUCAGUUUUGGUCACUGUGUAAUGAUCUGGUUAGGUCCGUCGUGAUCCAUUUGUUGUCUGAAAGCUAAAAGAAGACCACAGAGAUUGUCAUAGAUCUUCCGGGAUCAGUUUUGUUUGUCAGGUUUGAACACAAUGCCAAGAGAGGGCUAAGAGCUGAACUGUCAGCUUUUGUACAGGAGAGCAAUAGCAGUUGCGCUAGUCAUUUAUUGUUUGUGCUGACAGGAUGUAAUUUCAGCCUGAUCCGGAUUGAAAGAGAUUCAUAUUCUAUGAAAAAAAAAAGAAACAAAGAAAAAGUGCAGUAAAUCAAUCUGCAAAGACUGAGAAACACAAUUCUAUAAUUAAAUGUAUCUGGUUGCCAAGA